CGAGAGGGGGGGUUCCUCCUCCUUCCCGCUCUAUCCCGGCGCGCGCACGCACACGCACACAGACACACACAGACACACGCGCGCACACCAGCUCUCCGUUCGCACGUUCCUUCCGUCCUCCCUGUUGGUGGGAGCCCUGCGGUGUGGGUUUUUGGGGCGUGUGCCGAUGGGGUGGUGAGAAAGCUGGGGGCCGGGGAGCUGGGAGAAGGGCAAAGGGAUGGUGCUGAGGUGAUCGCUUCGGGUCCUGGAGCUGCUUGGAAAGAGAGGCCGGAGGGGGAACGACGCGCAGGCGGCGAAGUGGCAGCAGGAGCAGCAGCAAGAGUUGCCGCCGCCGCUUCCGUCAUCAUGGCUCACUCGCCAGUGCAGCAGCCUGGCCUGCCGGGGAUGCAGAAUCUGAAAGCAGAUCCAGAAGAACUGUUUACAAAACUGGAGAAGAUUGGCAAAGGGUCAUUUGGUGAAGUUUUUAAAGGCAUUGACAAUCGAACUCAAAAAGUUGUUGCGAUAAAAAUUAUUGAUCUUGAAGAAGCUGAAGAUGAAAUAGAAGACAUUCAACAAGAAAUCACAGUGCUGAGUCAAUGUGACAGUCCAUAUGUUACCAAAUAUUAUGGAUCCUAUUUAAAGGAUACGAAGCUAUGGAUAAUAAUGGAGUAUCUUGGUGGAGGUUCUGCUCUUGAUCUUUUGGAACCAGGUUCUCUUGAUGAAACCCAGAUUGCUACAAUAUUAAGAGAGAUCCUGAAAGGACUUGAUUACUUGCAUUCAGAAAAGAAAAUUCAUAGAGAUAUUAAAGCUGCUAAUGUGCUACUGUCCGAACAAGGCGAAGUCAAACUUGCAGACUUUGGUGUCGCUGGGCAGUUGACUGAUACACAGAUAAAAAGAAACACCUUUGUGGGUACACCAUUUUGGAUGGCACCAGAAGUUAUAAAGCAGUCAGCCUAUGAUUCGAAGGCCGAUAUCUGGUCACUGGGCAUAACAGCCAUAGAACUUGCAAAAGGUGAGCCGCCUCAUUCUGAACUGCAUCCCAUGAAGGUUUUAUUCCUGAUCCCAAAGAACAAUCCACCAACGUUAGAAGGAAACUACAGCAAGCCUCUAAAGGAGUUUGUUGAGGCCUGUUUGAACAAGGACCCAAGCUUUAGACCAACUGCAAAAGAACUCCUGAAGCACAAAUUUAUAGUACGAAAUGCAAAGAAAACCUCUUACUUGACAGAUCUCAUUGACAGGCAUAAAAGGUGGAAGGCUGAGCAGAAUCAUGACAAUUCCAGCUCUGAAGAUUCAGACGGAGAAACCGAUGGCCAAGCCUCAGGUGGCAGUGAUUCAGGUGACUGGAUAUUUACGAUCCGAGAAAAAGAUCCUAAGAAUCUAGAGAAUGGAGCUACCCAGCUGCACGAGUGGGAGAGAAACAAGGAAAAUACCAUUCAAAGGCGGCCUUUGUCUCGGUGCUUAUCAACGAUUAUCUCUCCCUUAUUUGCAGAGCUGAAAGAAAGAAAUCAAGCUUGUGGAGGAAACAUGGGAUCCAUAGAAGAGCUGAGAGAAGCCAUUUAUUUAGCUGAAGAGGCAUGUCCAGGCAUUUCAGAUACCAUGGUGACAGAACUUGUGCAGAGGCUUCAGAGGUAUUCAGUAACAGGAGGAAACACAUCAUCCCACUGAAAUGUUGUUUCUUCACGUAUGCUGCUUCAGAGGCCCUGCUUAGUGGAUUGGUCAUGGGGUGCUUUCCAGUAGAUGGACAUUCCUGAAGAUGCAGCACGGACAUUGUUUUCCAGCUCUGUAUAGUUUUUUAAAAUAAUAAUAAUAAUAAUGCACAUAUUCAAAGGAGGUAUCUUUUUAAAUUUCUGAGAUGUAUAUUUAGGAUUGCAGUUAGGAAACUAAAGCUAUUGUGAAAUCUCAGGUAUCUUGCUUUAAGUCAUUGGCCUUCAGCUAACGGGCCCAGAUGUAGAGGAGGAUUGCAUUCCAAUCAAAAGUGGAUGCAAUAGUUUUACUUUUUCGUUUUACAGUUUCCUUUUGAGGAAAAGAGAAAGAUACGAGGAUAAAUGGUUUAGGGUGAACUGAGUGGUUUCCAUAUUUCAGACUGGGGUUCAAGAUAGAUCUUGGGUCUGAAAAAAAAUGAAGGCAACUGCUUUAAGUUAAUGAAUCUGUGAAUCAGUAAAUGUACAAUUGGCUAUGUGUACAGAUUUGUAUAUAGUCACUUUUUUUACUGAAAUCUGCUCAACGUGCAUAUGGAGACCCUCUGUACAAAUUGCCAAGUGCUUCUGUGGAUGAUACUAGUGAGGUAAAUAUUUUAGUCAGGUCAGAACUGUUUAUUAGCUUGCCUUUGAUAUUGGAGAAAAAUUGAAUUAUGUGGCAACACGUUUGACUUGACCUUAUAUUUACAGGUCAAAAAUAAUUAAAGCCGUGCUAUAAAAUCUUGUUUGUACUUCAAAUGCAGAAACUGUUGAACAGUAGUGUUUGUUUUAUUAAUCUACAGUUGAGCCUUUUACCAUGGUACGACUUUGGUUAUUUUAAUUUACUGCAUCCAUUUCUUUUAAAGUUCUCUAUUUUUUGUUCUUGACAGUUUUAUAUCUGUUUAAAAUUGUGCCAAUCUGAAGUCUGGAUUCACUUUUCAUAGUUUUAUUUGAAGCUACUUUGGAAGAUCUGAAAAUCCCGUAUGACUAGUUUAAAGAAAAUUUUCUUUUGAAAUACCUCCUAGAUAUCUUGGCUGAAUAAUGGCAAUAUUGUAUUAUGUUGGUCUUAGAAACAGUAGAAACCCAAACUAUUAUGUAUAUGAAAAUCUUUAAUCACAAUCAUUGAGAAAAAUGGUUUUAACUUGGUAUCCAAGAUCCAUUUUGGGGGAGAAAAUUCAUGAGGUUUCUUCUUCAUUUAACAGAGCAAUCACUGCUGCAGUUUUAGUUAAACAUCUGUAUAUUUGGAUCUUUUGUGGUUCAUCAUCUGAACUCUGUCUAUCCUGUAAUGGGAAGGAACUAGUAUAGUGUUCAAAUAUCUGAUAGGUAUCUCAUUUGGAUUUUUCUUUAAGAGAUGCUUGAAAGUGAGUGGUAUACAAUUGAAAAUAUAUAGUUAAAAUGUAAAAUACUCAAUCGUUAUUGAAAUGUGUGCUUGUCCUUUUCUUUAAUAAAAGAACAAGCAUGUAUCACUCACUAUGUCUUAGUUAAUGCUUCUGACACUUUGCAUUGAUUUACAUGAAUGGAAAAUAUUUUAGUUUUCAAGAAACCUAAAAAUGAAAAGUUUAAUUUAGGGAGAACAUAAUCUUUUAUGCCAAAAUAUCCCUUUUCAAAACUAAAUUGAAAAUAUUCUGUUAGUCUUUCUGUACAAACAUGGAGAUGCACAAAAUUGUGUAGUGAGGCAGAUGGAGAAAUCUAUUCACCUUGUUUUUAUACUAUAAUUCUGCUCCCUUAGAGUAAGAUUAACGGUAAUCAUUUGAAUGGAAGAUGAAUGUUCAUAGUGCUUACAAGCCACUUGGCGUCAUUCACAAAGCUGCUUCUUGGAUCAAGGUGUCAUGUUAAGAAGAUAGGCCUUGUGUGAAUCUUAAAGCAUUCUGAGAUCAGUUUUGAAAAAGACCAGAAAACUUUUCAAAGCUUUUAAAAAUAUAUCACCACCAUGUUUUAAGUAGAUAACUCUAUAGAUUCCUGGGGAUGGGGUGGGGUGGGGAGUCUCAAAGUCAGUUCAGACUUUGAAGCACAUGGAUAUGUACAAGGUAGGGAGGAAAUGUUUUUCACUUCACUGGCUGGCUGGGUGUUUGUAUAGGACUGCUUGCCAUGUAACAAAACUCCAAAUCCCUACCCCUGUUUUUAGUUAUGUCUGCACAGAGGCAAAGACUUGACAGAUUCAAAAACAAUUUAUUGCUGUAAGAUUGCCAAAUAUUGCUGAGUGCAUCAGACUGAGAUUUGAUAAAAGAGUGCCAGUUCAGAGGGUUUGGCUGCUAGUCUUGAAGAGCAGUCUUUGACCUAAAACAAAAUUUGAAAUGUCCCUGCUAUUUAUAUAAUUUGAGAAAAGCCAUUUCUGUACAAGAAGACAAGCUUUAACAUGUAUUGCUUAGCUGAAGGAUGAAUAAAAUCUGACUGUUCAGUUAAUUCAUUGCCUGUGCUGGUGCAUGUUGAAUCUGUUCUCACACUAAAUUCAGUUCACUUCCCCUCAAGUAAAGAUGCAUAGGAUUGCAGUACACUUAAUUCAUUGGCCAAAAUCCUGUUGCUUAGUAUAGCGAAUUAGAAUAGGCCCAUUGAAUCAGUGGAGAUUUAGUGAGUCAACUUCUUUGUAAAUUCCAUUGAUUCAAGGGUGCCUGCCAUACAGUAUGUGAACUCCCACUUGCUAUGCUAAAGCAAGCUGCAGUUAAGAGUGUUCCCCUUUGAACCAGUGAAACUUCACCAGAUCCCUAUUGAUUCAGUGAGCUUACUCUAGAGUGAUUUAAUAUAUUAAGCAACAGGAUUUUGUCCAGUGUUUGUUAUAGGGAAUAUACAUCUGUUUUUCAAAAUGUAAAAUUUGCGUUUGGUCAAAAAUACCAAAUUGUUGUUUUCUUAAUUGACAUAUAUUUUUGUUUUAGCAUUUAUAAUUACCAUUCCUGAUCCUUCAAAUAUUUUAGAACAGUCUUUGGGAAAGUGCAACACUGAAAAAAAUAUUUUUAGUUGUUCUGAGUGUGGUAUAAUGCAGCUUUUGGUCUGUUGGCUUGGCUGAGGAUUCUGUUCAAGAUACUCUUGCUGGGAAGCGCCAAACUUUUUCAGAUAAAUUAGUGAAUCUUCCCACUGUUUUGAGAGUUAGCAUAAUGAAAGUGCUAAGUAAGCAGUAAAAAUAAUCCAAGAUUUAAAAACUAUUUGUGUGGAUAACUAGGUUGACAUUUGCCUUUUCCGCAGUUAAUACCCUUGUAAUUUGAACUAGAAGGUUGAUGGCUGGGUUGUGGGUACGCAGAACUUCUAGUGGAAUAAUGAAAAUCACUUCUGUUUUCUCACUGUGUCGUUAGGUGCCAUAGGCUUCUUGAUUGCCCAGUAGGUGGUUGUCUUGAGAGUUGCACUUGGUUCUUGUUUUGUUCUUGCCCUUUGUAUAGCAUUUUGUAUUUUUGGUGCCUUGGGAGCACUGAUGUUUUCUGAUGGUUUUAGGACCAGUUCAAAGGUUUGUGCCACCAGUAAUAUCCUACAUUGGAACUGUGCACACACACAUACCCUCCCUCUCUCUGUAUAGGAGAUACUUAGUGGCUUGUUCACCUAGAGGUGAAGUCUUAACCAGAUUUCCACUUCAGCCCACCCAUUCUGAAGAGGAACCACAGUUGGUGAUUGCAUGAAUUUCCGACACCUGUUGCCCACAUCUUGCCCUGUAUACCAGUGGUCCCCAACCUUGGGUCUCCAGAUGUUCUUGGACUACAACUCCCAAACGCCUUCACUACCACUUCUCCUGGCCAGGAUUUCUGGAAGUCCCAGAACAUCUGGAGGCCCAAGGUUGGGGACCACUACUGUAUACAACCCUACUUUGCUGUGUAUAGGCUAAACCCGGCCCUUAACGUUUUCCUUAAGAGAUCUGCUGUUGAAAAUGCCAAUAAAAUGUUAAAAGCAGCCGUGUCCUGAGGCAUGUUAAACACAACAGAUACAUUGGUACAAAGGUUUUCCCAAAUCUAGGGCCACAUGGUCAGAUAACUAAAGUGUUAGUAGUCCAUGGGGGAAAAAAUGAUUAGUGACAAGUGAGUCCAAAGGCGGCUGUAGGUGUGAAGUAGUAGUAGUACAGCUGAUUACAGCUUUCCCUAACCUCACACUAGGUAUUCUGUGUUACAACCUCUAUUAUCCUCAAAAGGGCAUGACUAUCCUGCCAGAGGGAAGAUACAAGAGGUAUAGUUGAGCACACCUCAGUGGGAUGAAGGCUGAGCGGUGGUGAGUGCUCAGUAGGAGGAAGGUUGAUGUUACAGUGGUUUGUAUCUGCCUCUUUUGCUUUGUGACCUUUGGGCUCAGUUUAGUUUUUUUUUUUCUUUUGUACUCAUAAUGUAGGAAAGCUUCUACUAUUAAGUCCCUUCCCCCGGAGAACUCUUUUAAGUGGGUUAAAUAAAGUUUAGAAUUAUUUCUUUGAAUAUAACAUUUCAGCUCAGCUGUGUUUUAGUGAAACUCUCCUAAAUACAGCUGUUCAGAGAUCCAUGUAUUAGAAAAAUACUGGAUGACUGAAAUGGGUGCAUUUAGUUACACAUGCUGAAGCCGUCUAUAGUCAGUUAAGGGCAUCAAAAAGCUUUCCAGGAAGAUUUCUGGAAAAUUUCCCAGCUUAAGAGUCUUAGGGUAAACUCACAUCACCCAUGGAUUCAGGCUGUGAAAAGAUACACAUCUACUGAAGGUGCCACUGAACUGUUUUUCCUUCAUUAAGCCAAGAUACCUAUCCAUUUGGAACCUGUUAUAAUGACGGCUAACGUAAAAGUAAAAUAACAGAUAGUAAAGGUCUUUGAAUAUAAGGUUAUUUUUAUAUCUGUUCUUAUGGAGAAAGUGGACCUUAACAUAUCAACCUGUCAUUCAUCCAGUCAUUUUAUAUUAGUACAUGCUGUGUAUAUUGGACAAGCCCGUUUUAGAAGCAUUUGUGAAGUCUAAUUGGGGUGUGCCUUCCUAAUUUGGAUUCUUUUUACAGAUAAGGAAGGCUAAUUAGCUGUAAAAAGAAUCUCUGCUGGAUGAGACUUCAGGUCCACUUAAUCCAGCACUCUGCUUCCAUCACUAAACAGCCAGCUGCCUUUACAAAAUGCACAAGCACACUAUUCUUGCAAAUAGACCACAAAAACAGGAGCCAUGUGGCCUGUGAGUAAAACAACAGUUGGGUAAUACCUUUAUUAGGACUAUCAUUCUAGUGAUAACUAAUCUGUUUUUCUCCCCAAGUGUCUGGUAAAUUUUGUUUCUGUAUAUGGAGACCACAUUUUUGUGAAAUAUCAUUUCCUGUUGUCAAGAUCUGUUUGUUUUCUUCUGUAAUAUUGCUAUUUAUAAACCUGUAUAAAAUUUGCUUAUGUUACCCAUCAAGAUUUUCUCAAUUCCUUGUACAUUACCUCUCACAGAAAUAAAGAAAUACAACAGAUUUGAUAUGUGUUCAGUGAGCAUAUUUAUGGGAAAUAUAGAAAAACAGAUUGUAAAUGUAACCAUUUGGAAGCAAUAUAGUAAUGGUACUCUUAAUACUCAGAUCCAGCACAUUCAUUAUUUGCCAUAUGAUAGUGGUUAUGUUUCGUUUUCUUAGUCCAGAGGUGGCAGUUAGUAGACCUGACACAAGAUGGUGAGAGUUCAUACAUAGUCAAUGUAAUGUUUUUUUUUAAAUUGUGUCAGAUCUCUGGGCUAUGCAUUAAAUAUUGUUAUACCAAAA